AUGACCACGGUCAUCCUUGCCAUGUUCCUCAUCUCACUGGACAGAACCAUCAUCGGAGUGGCUAUUCCUGAAAUUACAGACGAGUUCAACUCUGUGGGUGACGUUGGAUGGUAUGGUUCGGCAUUCAUGCUGUGUCAAGCCUCCUCUCAGCUCCUCUUUGGCAGGGUCUACAAGCACCAGUCGGCCAAGUACACCUUUCUCGCCUGCGUCUCCCUCUUUGAAAUUGGAUCUGCCGUAUGUGGUGCUGCGCCCAACUCUAUUGCUCUGAUCUUUGGCCGAGCCAUUGCCGGUCUUGGAGCUGGAGGCAUCAUGUCUGGAGGUAUUCAAAUCAUGAUCAGCAUCAUCCCCCUCAACAAGCGUCCCAUGUGGCAGGGCCUCUUCGGCGGAAUCUUUGGCCUAGGAGCAGCCGUCGGCCCCUUGAUCGGUGGUGCUCUCACCUCCGAGGUCACCUGGCGCUGGUGCUUCUACAUCAAUCUCCCCAUUGGGGGCGCAACUCUCGUAAUCAUCUUCUUCUUUAUGCAUCUGGAAGCUGACAAGAAGAAGAAGCUCAACAGGAUCUCAUUCAAGGAGCAGAUUCUACAACUGGAUCCCAUCGGUGCCGUCUUCAUGUUUGCAUUUGUCAUUUGCCUCGUAUUGGCUCUGCAACUCGGAGGUUUCACCUACCCAUGGAGCGAUGGACGCAUCAUUGCACUCUUGACCGUCUUUGCCGUCACUUUCCUCUGCUUUGUGGCCUGGCAAUGGCACGUAGGUCCAACAGCAAUGGUACCCCUCAAGAACUUCACGCAAAGAACCUUUACCGCCGCCUGCGUCUGGUCUAUGCUGAGCUACGGAGGUAUGACGGCGAUGAUCUACUACCUGCCUAUUUGGUUCCAGGUGAUCAAGGACAGUGAUGCGCUGCACUCUUCGUACCAGAACCUGCCCUUCAUCCUAUCACUUGUCAUCGGUUCUGUCCUCUUUGGCAUCGUCGUACGCCGUAGCGGUCACUAUGUGCCAUCGCUCAUCGUCACCGCCAUUCUGGCUCCAGUGGGCGCUGGCUUGAUUUCGACCUUUGGUUUGAACACGGGCCACUCUGAGUGGAUUGGCUACCAGGUCAUCUACGGAUUUGGUAUUGGUCACGGUAUGAUGGGUGCCAACAUGGGUGUGCAGAGCACCUUCUCCGAUGCCGACUUGCCCGUGGCAAUGGCCAACGUCUUCUUCUUCCAACUGAUGGGAGCCGCCAUCUGGCUCUCGGUGGGAGAGAAUCUCUUCACCACCAAGCUCAUUGACGCUGUCCAAGGCAUUCCAGGCGUCGACCCAAACACCAUUAGCAGUAUCGGAGCAACCGAUAUUCGGAGCGUCUUUGGAGACGACCCGACAGCUCUCCAAGGCGUCAUCGUGGCUUACAACACAGCCUUGAAAAGCGUCUGGUACCUCGUGACCGGCCUGUCGGCUUCAUUGGUACUGCCUCUCGUCUUUUUCAAGUGGGUCAAUGUCAACAAGGAAGCAGCGAGGAGGAAGGAGGCGAAGCGCAUUGCUGCUGCUGAGCAAGAGAGCACGAAGACUGCUCAAGAAGUGGAAGCUUAG